GCCGUUUGCUAACUGAACCUGUCAGCGGUUUUGUACUCUGUUAUAAACUCUCUAUAUGUAGGAUAAAUAAGCCAAAAAUUGCUCCUAAAAUUCUUUACUGUGUUUGAUGCGUUUAGAAACUAUAGUUUUGUGAAUAAACAAUGGCGGAUCACAAUCACAGCCACCGACACAGUAUUUCUCGUAGCCAAGAGAAAAGGGAUCGUCUGAAACUCAGCUUUAACAGUUCUUGCACUAGGAAAAAUGCUUCAUUGUCUAAUUUCUCAGGUUGCCAUCCUCCUCCUGUUGAAAGAGGAUGGGUUACGCACAGUAUUCAGUCUUCUGGGAAGCUGAAAAUAUCACCGGAAGUUACCUACGAUUUUACUGCUGAUGAUCUCAAAGACUUAGGUGAAAUAGGAAGGGGAGCAUUUGGUACAGUGAAUAAAAUGAUACAUAAAAUGAGUGGCACAAUAAUGGCUGUAAAGAGGAUUAGGUCAACAGUAGAUGAAAAGGAACAGAAGCAACUUCUAAUGGACUUAGAAGUUGUUAUGAAGAGUAAUGACUGUAUAUACAUUGUCCAGUUUUUUGGUGCAAUAUUUAAAGAAGGUGAUUGUUGGAUUUGCAUGGAACUAAUGGAUACAUCUUUAGAUAAAUUUUACAAGAUUGUACAUGAAAAGCUCAAUCAAAGAAUACCCGAAAGUUUUCUUGGAAAAGUUACUAUGGCAACUCUAAAGGCUUUAAAUUAUCUUAAAGAAAAAUUAAAUAUAAUUCAUAGAGAUGUUAAACCUAGCAAUAUUCUUCUGGAUCGUAGGGGUAAUAUAAAAUUAUGUGAUUUUGGUAUAAGUGGUCAAUUAGUAGAUUCUAUUGCAAAGACUAGAGAUGCUGGAUGCCGACCAUAUAUGGCUCCAGAAAGGAUUGAUCCAGGCAGGGCAAGAGGAUAUGAUGUCAGAUCUGAUGUUUGGAGUUUGGGGAUAACAUUGAUUGAGGUAUCUACGGGCAGGUUCCCGUACCCUAAAUGGAACAGUGUUUUUGAACAAUUAACUCAAGUUGUACAAGGUGAUCCACCACAGAUCAGUCCUAAUGAAAAUGGAAAUACAUUUACAUUAGAAUUUGUAAAUUUUGUGAAUACUUGCUUAAUCAAAGAAGAGCAGCAUCGGCCAAAAUAUAAGAAGCUUCUGGAGCAUCCAUUUGUCCUUCGAUCAGAACGAGAAACUGUAAAUCUUGCAGAAUAUAUAGGAAGUGUCCUUGAUAAAGCUAGUGUAAGCAGCUAGUUCAAGAAUGUUAUCAAAAUUGUGAAAAACUUUAGUUUUUAUAAUAUAAAGAUUAAUUGUGUGAAAAAAAGCAGUUGGAAAACUAUACUGGAGUUGACUUAUACUGGAGUCAUACAAGAGCUGUUUGCCAGUAAUAUUCUAAUAAAAGAAAUAAUCUACCUUACCUACCACUUGGUAGAGCGCCUUAAUAUCUUUUUAAGUGAAGGUAGAUUUUAUGGACAUGUCAGUUUUCAAAGAAACACAGUACUACAGACUCUGAAAAUCAGUCUUGUGUCUUUAAAAAUAAUGUAUCAUUAUGGUUGAUAUGUGACUGGUCAUUUAACUUUAAAUGAUAACAAUGUGAAAAGAAAACAUCUAUUGACAUUAUAAAGUGCAUUGUACAGUACUGUUUUUUAAUUACUCCGGACAUAUUUGAUUAGUAGUGCAUGUGGGAGACAGUGUGCUUAAGUUGUAUACUUUUGUGCCAAAUCAAGAUUUAUUCUUGGAUUUGCAUAAUUAAUUUUUAUUCAUUUUAAAAUUCUGUUUAUGUUAAUCCUGUUUUUAUGAUUUUUAUAGGAAAGGAAUUAAAAAUUAAUAGUUUGAUGAAAUAGUCUUCUUUUUAAAAGUAAUGGAUCAAAAUAAGAUUAUGCUUGGUUAGAAAACUUAAUAUUUUUUCCCCAUAAGAAUUUUUCAGAAGUUAAUUGCAUUUGUUAUUAUUCUUAUGAUGUGCAUAUAUAUAAUAUUUUUAUCUUUUUCCAGUCUGACAUUCACACAUUAUUUUU